GAGAUCAGUUCGAGUCGUUAACUAUCAGAUAACGAAAUGCGUACCCUUAUCCUUGUUACUCUUGUUGCCCUGGUCGCAGUGGCCUCCGCCCAAGGACCUGGUCCUUGGGGUCCCGGUGGACCUGGUGGACCUGGUGGACCAGGUCGUGGUCGCGGAGGACCAGGACGUGGACCUGGCGGACCAGGUGGCCCAGGAGGUCGCGGACCUGGAGGACCUGGAGGACCAGGAGGCCCAGGAGGCCCAGGAGGACCAGGAGGACCAGGAGGCCCAGGAGGACCAGGAUGCCCAGGAGGACCAGGUGGACCAGGAGGCCCCAAACCAUGGGGACCUCCAUCCAACCAAACCACAUCCACGACAACUGAGGCCUCAACAAGCACUUCCACCACGACAGCUUCGUCCACUACAGUGUCCUCCACUACAGAGUCCUCUACGGAAUCCUCGACGGAAUCAUCCACAGCAUCCUCCACAGAAUAAAUCGCUUGACAUGUUCCCCUUCGAGUUUUGCCCAUUCGGCUAUUCCGGGUUCAUAAAUAAUUGUAUAUAUCAAAAAGCGAAUCUGUGCGUAAUAAAUUUUUUUUUUUAGCUCAAUC